AUGAAAUUGAAGAAGACGUAUGUUCAGAAGCCUAGAAAGUGGAAGAAAAAUUUGUACGAAAAUCAUGGAUUCUUGGAUAAUUAUACGGACACAUCCUUUUUAGAAGAGUUACGAAAAAAUUUAAAUGUGAAAGAUUCACCUCUUCCAACUAUUAUAUUAGGCGCAGGUAGAGUGACUCACGAGUUAUGUAUUAUUGUUUUGUUUACUGUAAUUUUUGUGUACCUUUACAAUGGUUGGGUUGAGCCUGAAGCAGUGUUCAUGUAUAGUGGUUGUCUGACUUCUUUAGGGUACAUAUUAUACAGGUUCUUUUUGACAGGUGCAAUGCCUUACACAACAUUAUUGAAAGACCUUCGAACUGUUUUAGUCUUUCUUGGCUUUGGAUAUGUUCUUUCACCAGUACUUAAGACAUUGACUGAUACUAUUAGUACUGAUACAAUUUAUGCAAUGUCAACAUUUAUGAUGUUCAUUCACCUUGUAUUUUUUGACUAUGGUAUUUCUGCAAGUAUUGUUUCUAGUGCACUGUCAUUGAAUGCCGCUCUUUUUGCAUCAGUAUGUCUUGCUUCUCGCCUUGCAACUCCUUUUCAUGCUUUUGUUCUUCUGACAAAUACUGUGGAAUGUUUUGCUCUUCUUCCCAUAUUAGUUGCUGAGAUUGAGGAUUCUGCAGUUAUUCUUUCAACGGUAAUUCUUUUGUCAUUGGUGGCACUUUGUACUGUAUCUGUAACCAUGACAGUUUUAUUUUCAUGUGUUGUUAUAUUUGUUACCAUAAUAUGUCCAUUACUUUUUAAGAAAUGGACACGGUACAAGGAGAAUAUAUAUGGCCCUUGGGAUGAAGCUGUUGUGGAAGACCAAGAAAUGUGA